AUGAGCAAUGAGCGCACCGCACCCCCUUCGCAUGCGAUCCCGAGAGACGGUCCCCACGCAUCCUCACCGGCGGCACCAAGCCGGUCUAUCGUCGCCGGUAACAAUCAGAGCCAUGGCGCUGCACGGGCGAGGGCCAAGGCGGAGGCGAAGAGGUUAGAACAACUGGAGCAUCUAGUACGGUCGUAUGACCUGUUGAUAUACUCAGAAUUGGCUGUGGUUUAUUGCAUGGACAACUCCUUCUUCGCCCUGUUCUUCCGUGCACUCGCUCAGCUCCUCUACCUAUCCCCGAAACCGCCCUUCCUCUCCGAAAACCUCCCCGCCGCGACAUCCCUCACAAGAACCACCUCGUCCGUAACCCCAGGCGGGAGCACCCCUUCCUCAGCCUCGACACCCGCGAACCCAUUCGUAACCCCCCACCAAUCCUCCCCGACUAUCUCCGCGAUCUUUAUCACGAAUAUCCUCUGCAUGGUGCUUCAUCUCUACUGCGCCCGCCCAUCCGCGAGCGAAGCUGCGCGCGGCUAUCUUCAUGGCGGCCUCCUCAUUGACUUCAUCGGGCAGGAGGGUCCGAUAAGCAAACUGAGUUUGUUGAUGUUAGACUUUGCGAUCAUGGGGCUUCAAGUAAUUAUGCUGUCCGUGAAUGGAGAAGUGAGGAGAGUGACGAUGGAGCGCAAAGGAACAGUGUCUACUGGCGCAGCGACCCAGGUUUCCACUCAAGGAAACACGGCGCAGGACCACGAUGCGGAAGAACGAGGAGAAAUCCUAGGCGCGUCAUCUUCCACCGCUGCUACUCCGUCAGCUGCUGCCAUAUCGACGCCGUCGACCACGUCAGAGCAAUCAAACACUCUAGAUGACCCCUCCGCCGCCGACAUGGACAUUCUAGACGGGAUUGUCUCAACCCAAACGCCUCUGGCAACAUUCCGCUUCCUGUAUGCGGCGAGGGAAGAAUACAACGCCUACCAAGGUCCUUCCACAGGCAUAAGCAGGCGGCCGGCGGCCGCUUCAUUCUUGCAAGGACUUGCGGAACGGAGGAGAAUGGUGUUGGUUCAAAGGGGGGCGGCGAGGAGUCUUACAGUUUAG